AUGAGUUUGACGCCCAAUAAAACCUUCGUCUUCAAGCGAAUCCCGACCAGGCUCCCCGUAGUGGGAGACCACGUUGUCGUCGAAGACAGGCCGAUAGACCUUGACGCACCCCUCGACGAUGGGAGCUUCUUGAUCAAGGGUAUAUAUGCCUCCUUCGACCCUUACCAGCGCGGCGGCAUGCGCGACCCAUCCAUCAAGACCUGGCUGGAGGCAUACCCUCUUGGUGGCCCCGUUCCCACCAGCGUGAUCGGAACGGUGCUGAAGUCUGCGUCUCCUAAUUUUGCCGUCGACGACAUCGUUCACGUCUGGUUUGCGGCGCCGACGGCAGAGUAUGGCGUCAUUCCCGCAGGCGUCCCAGCUACUAAGCUUGAUGGGCCGGAGGGGGUCAAUGUCGCCCAUUUUCUCGGUGCGCUUGGCCUCCCUGGGCUCACUGCGAUCCGCGGUUUGCUGGAUAUCGGCAAGCCGAGGAAGGGGGAGGUGAUGUUUGUGAGUUCUGCCGCGGGUGCGGUGGGACAAAUGGCUGGGCAGAUGGCCAAGGCGGAGGGGUUGACUGUCAUUGGGUCAGUUGGGAGCGACGAGAAGCUGCAAUACAUCACGAAAGAGCUUGGUUUCGACGCUGGAUUCAAUUACAAGAAGGAAAAGCCCGGCGAUGCGUUGAAGAGAUUAGCUCCGGACGGGAUUAACCUCUACUACGAGAACGUGGGCGGUGAGCACCUCGAGGCGGCGUUGGAUGCUUUGCAGAUGGGCGGGAGGAUCGUUCAUUGCGGCGCGAUCUCUGAGAAGAACGUUCCCGUCGAAGAACAGCGCGGCGUGCGCAACCUCGUGCAGUUCACGGACAAGCAGCUGACCAUGACCGGCUACCUCGUCGACUUUACACCCGAGAGUCUGCAAGAGUUCUACAACAAGGUCAUACCGAUGCUGCAGAGCGGAGAAUUGAAGGCUAAGCUGAGCAUUACCGAGGGCAUUGAAAAUGCCGCAGAGGGCUUUGUUGGGAUGUUGACAGGAGAAAACUUUGGAAAGGCAGUCUUGAGGAUUUAA